AUGGCUUCCCCUAGCGUUCUCACCUUUGACGCUGAGGGUCGGGCAGUGGACUUUGAGGUCUGGGUACAUGAUCUGCAGCUUUUCCUGCAGUGCGAUAGGGCAGACGGCCUCUCCCUGUUUGACCUCACUUCUGGUGCUUCCCCUGCCCCUGUUGCUGAUGCUGACGCCACUGUUCGCUCACACUGGGCCACACGUGACGCUGCUGCUCGCCUUGCUGUGCGCCGCCACUUACCGACCACUGAGCGUGCACACUUUAGCCAGUACAAGAGUGCUCAGACCUUGUACGACGCUGUAGUUGCACGCUACUCUUCCCCUGCCACUGCUGCACUGAGCCGCCUCAUGCUACCGUACCUCUUCCCUGACCUUGCUGCCUUUCCCACUGUUGCUGACCUCAUUACGCACCUCCGCACUAGUGACACUCGCUACCGCGCUGCGCUUCCUGCUGAGUUCUGCGCCAAGAACCCCCCCCCCAUGUACAUCACCCUCUACUACAUAGUCACCCGUCUCCCUGACUCUCUCAGUGUAGUGAGGGACCACUUCCUCUCUGUUUGCCCCACCACUCUCACCGUUGACCUCCUCGAGAAGGCCCUCCUAGCGAUAGAGAAGAGCAUAGUCGCUGUAGGAGCCUCUCGUGGUGACCCUCGCACCCCCGUCUUUGAGGGGUGUUCUCCCUCCCCCCUCUUGCCCUCUGUUGCCUCUGCUGCUGCGGCCGACCUCGUUGGUUUCGAGUCGGUCGGCGCGGCGUCUGCCCCGAGCGGGAGACGCCGCACCGGCAAGAGCAAGGGGGGCAAGGGCACUCGAGGAGGUGGAGGGGGCGGUGGAGGUGGUGGUGGAGGCGGUGGAGGGAGUGGGGGUGGUGGUGGGAGUGGUGCUGGGGGUGGCGGCGGCAGCGGCAGCAGUGGAGGUGGCGGAGGCGGUGGAGGUGGCGGAGGGAGCGGAGGCGGCGGAGGUAGUGGAGGAGGCGGAGGUGGAGGAGGCGGCGGAGGCGGCGGAGGCGGCGGCGGCGGCGGAGGCGGCGGCGGUGGAGCGAGUCGCGACUCUGCGUCGAGGAGUGGCGCCGGUGGUGGUCAGCGCCAGCAGCAGCAGCGGAGUGGUGUGACCCUGUCCCCUCACCAGCUUCGUGAGUGGUACACUGCACGCCAGCGCGGUGGGGGUUUUGGUCCCUGCUCUUACGUUCUCCGUACCGGCGACCGCACUGGUGAGCAGUGCGGGGGUCCGCACUCCACCCAGCGCUGCUUUGGUCGCCUGACGGACGCGUGGCGUCGCCAGUUCCCUGAGGCGUCAGAGAUCCCUCGCUUGGGAGAUCUGGCUAAGGCCGGGGUUGCUAUCUUUGAUCAUGACUUUGAUGCUAUUCUUGCUGCCAUGUAUGCUGUUGCUGAUAGUGUUGAGGGUGCCUGUUACCUGUGUGUACCGCCUGACCCGGGCAUUGAGGCUGCUGCGCUAGGGGAGCAGCUGGCCUUCAGCACUGGGUGA